AUGUUUUUAUUAUUAUAUCAAUUAUGGAAAAGUUACCGAGUAUUCAUUGCUAUAUGUUUGAUUUUGAUUUAUACUUUAUAUUUUUUGAUUCUAUAUUUUCAACAAAAAACAUCUUUAAUUGAUAAGAAGUUAUCUAUUCUAUCUAAUUCAUCUAAAGGAAAUGAUGUUAUAUGUUCAAAGGAUGAUAAGAAUGAUUUUAAUACAGAAAUUUCAAAAUCUGUAAAAAUAAGAACUCCUAAAAGAUUUAUUAGAUCUUUAGCAAAAUAUCCAAAGGCUUUAAAUGUUGAUGAAAAUACUCGUCAGUCAUUUGUUGAAAAUAAUAGGCAGGCUAUAGUGGAUGUUAAUGAUAUUUAUGUUUCUAUAUUAUAUCAAACAUUGUUAGGAUCAACGGAAAAAUACGCAAAACUAUUGUAUGAUAUAAUUUCUCCUCAUUUUGAAAAACAGGUAUUGCUUGAGAAUAUUGAUUUUGUUGAAGAUUUUGAUGACUAUUUUGUAUCACCGGAGAAUCCUGAAUCUCGUAUAUUUAUUUUUCUUAUUCCAUCAUAUGAAACAGAUUCUCCUGUUGAUUUGCUUCUUUCCACAUUGAAAGAUAUAUUGUAUGAUUUUAGGGUGGGAGCUAUUCCUUUACGAAAUUUAAAAGGAUAUGCUGUUUUGGGUUUUGGUGAUGAAAAUGAAUGGCCAGGACAAAAAUUUUGUUAUCAGGCUAAGGAUUUAGAUCAAUAUAUGUUUAAAUUGGGUGCUAGGAGGAUAGUUUCCGUUGGCUGUGGUAAUGUUAAAGGCGAUAUAACUAAUGAUAUUCAAGCAUGGGCUAAUGUGCUCUUAAAUGCUAUAAAAAAUGGAACAAUGCCUGAAUUGAUAUCAGAUGUUUCUGAGGAAAGUGAAAAUGAGCCUUUUGAGGAUAAUGAAGACUCAGUUGUUGAUAUGGAAGAUAUGGGAAUGUUAAUGAAGACGAAAAAAACUGAGCCUGGAGAAUUGAAACCUAAAGAAAUGGUUUCAAAAAGUUCUCCAACGUAUAAAUCAUUAGUUAAGCAAGGAUAUACUAUUGUUGGUUCUCAUUCAGGUGUUAAGAUUUGCCGAUGGACCAAAUCUGCUCUUCGAGGAAGAGGGUCAUGUUAUAAAUAUUCUUUUUAUGGGAUUAGAAGCCAUUUGUGUAUGGAAACUACUCCAUCUUUGGCUUGUGCAAAUAAAUGUGUAUUUUGUUGGAGAGGACAUACAAAUCCUGUAGGUACUUCUUGGAGAUGGAAAAUUGAUAAACCUGAAGAUAUUCUCUUUGGUAUGAUGGAAGGGCAUUAUAAUAAAAUUAAACAGAUGAAAGGAAUUCCUGGUAUUCGUCCAGAGAGACUAAAAGAAGCUAUGCGUAUUCGACAUUGUGCUCUUAGUCUUGUUGGUGAACCAAUAACAUAUCCUCAUAUUAAUGAACUUAUUAAGAUGCUUCAUGAUAGAAAAAUUAGUACAUUUUUGGUUACUAAUGCUCAGCAUCCUGAUGCUCUUGAGAAUAUAGGGCAAGUUACUCAGCUUUAUGUUUCAAUAGAUGCAAGCACAAAAGAUUCAUUAAAAAAAAUUGAUCGUCCUUUAUUUAAGGAUUUUUGGGAAAGAUUUAUUUCUUGUUUAGAAAUUUUGAGUCGAAAACAACAAAGAACUGUUUAUCGACUUACUUUGGUUAAAGGAUUUAAUACUGAAGAAGUAGAACAAUAUGCACAUUUAGUAUCUGUUGGAAAACCUUGUUUUAUUGAAAUCAAAGGGGUAACUUAUUGUGGUAAUACUCAUUCUUCUUUGACAAUGAAAAAUGUCCCUUUCCAUGAAGAAGUUGUUGGUUUUGUGAAAGCACUAACUAAAAAAAUAUCAGAAAUGGAUAAUGUACCCGAAUAUGAUAUUGCUUCUGAGCAUGUUCAUUCAUGUUGUGUGUUAAUUGCACAAAAGAAAUUUUAUAUAAAUGAUAAAUGGUAUACCCAUAUAAAUUAUGAUCGUUUUUUUGAAUUAGCUGAAUCAAACAUGCCAUUUUCUGAGAUGGAUUAUAUUUCUGAAACGCCACAUUGGGCAUAUUUUAAUUCACCUUAUGGAGGAUUCAGUCCAGAUGAUAUUCGUUGGAAAAGAAAAAAUGCUAAAAAUGUUAAUUUCAAAAGAGAAGAAAUUGGAUUGCAAAAUAAUACUGAAUAUUGAUGCUUUUUAUAACUUGGA